AUUCUUGCGAAAACGGUGUCGUAUUAGAACUGAAGGGGCACGUGGCGAAAAGAGAUAGCCUCCACCGCACUGUUGAAAUAGACAAAGAAGAAGAAGAAGAAGAAGAAUUAAGAGAGAAAAGAUGAAGAUCUUCCAUAUUCCUUGCCUAGAAGAUAACUACGCCUAUCUGAUAAUAGACGAGGACACUAAAGAAGCAGCAGUAGUGGAUCCCGUGGAGCCGCAAAAGGUGCUUGACCUCGCCAAUCUCCAUGGCGUCCAUCUCAAGUUCCUCCUCACCACUCACCAUCACUGGGAUCAUGCUGGGGGUAAUGAGAAGAUGAAGGAGCUCGUCCCUGGGAUUCAGGUGUGCGGUGGUUCCCUCGACAACGUCAAGGCCUGCACCCAUCUAGUUCACAAUGGUGAUACCUUUACUCUUGGUUCUCAUCUCACUAUUUUGGCUCUCCACACUCCUUGUCAUACUAAGGGUCACAUAAGUUAUUAUGUUACUGGCAAGGAGGGAGACCAUCCUGCAGUUUUCACUGGCGACACACUGUUUAUUGCUGGUUGCGGGAAAUUCUUUGAAGGCACUGCAGAACAGAUGUAUCAAUCACUUUGUGUCACGUUGGGUUCACUGCCAAAACCUACUCAAGUCUAUUGUGGUCACGAGUACACUAUCAAAAACUUGCAAUUUGCUCUAUCAAUUGAACCGGAUAAUGUGAAGUUACACGAGAAGCUUAAAUGGGCUCAGAAACAGCGCCAAGAAGGUCUCCCCACCAUUCCCUCAACAAUUGAGGAAGAGUUGGAGACAAAUCCAUACAUGCGCGUGGAUCUUCCGGAGCUUAUGGCAAAAGUGGGCUGUGAAUCUCCUGUUGAAACCAUUCAGAAGUUAAGGAAGCAGAAAGACAAUUGGAGAGGCUAGAUCAGGAUUUUUUUUAUCUUCUUUAUGUUAUGUCCGAGGGCAUCAAGAAGUUAAACUUUAUAUCUGUGAAGUCGAUGAAAAUGCUUUGGUUGCAGAUCGUUAUGUAAUAUGCAGAUGCUAACUGCAAACUCUUUUCAUGUUUUUAUUAUGAAAUGACAUGGCAUGUUUUAAAA